AUGCUUAAAAUCAUGAAGGGAUGCGAGAAGGAAAUGUUGAAGGAGGCUGUUGAAAAUGUAUGUUAGAAGAUUUUAUGAUAAAGUGUUUGAGAAGCUUGAUUCAGAAAAUGCAUAGAGAAGUACAAUAGAAUUGUCAAGAAUUGUAAUUAAUUUAAAGUGAGAUUAGAUGGCAAAGCUGAGGGUCCAUCUCCAGCAGUUGCCAAUUGCUCCAGUGCCUGUGCUGAGUCAGGUAUAGCUUGAUCUGUCCUGGGCUGUGUUCCAAAAGUAUAAGGAAAUGAUCUUAAAAUAAAUGAUCUUAAAAUCACUGUUGAUUGUGAUUUAACAGGAGGAUGUGGGACAUACAUAACUAGUGUCAUUCUUAACGUGCAAACCAUUGCAGUGAUCAUAAAAUCCAACCCGGACACCUCAAUACAAUUUAGAGAAGAAAAAAGAGAUACAGGAAGGUAAAGGAGAUGCACGUGUAAAUUUACCUUUUCCACAGAUGAAUCAUCAAGAAAAAUCAUCACAAGAUAAUGUAACUGAAAUCAUUGAAUUUGUUCUCUUGGGCUUUGCUGACAUACCCCAUCUCCAGUGGUUCCUUUUUGGAUUAUUUUUAAUCAUCUAUAUCAUUAUACUGAUGAGCAAUGGCACCAUAUUUCUAAUAACAAAAAUGGAUCCUGCUCUCCAGAACCCUAUGUAUUUUUUCCUGGCAAAUUUUUCCUUCUUGGAAAUCUGCUAUGUAUCAGCUACUCUCCCCAGAAUGUUGAUGAAUCUUGGGGCCCAGAGAAGAACAAUUUCCUUAAUUGCCUGUGCUGCACAGAUGUGCUUUUCCCUUAUAUUUGGAGCCACUGAGUGUUUCCUUCUGGCAGUGAUGGCUUAUGACCGCUAUGUGGCCAUUUGUAACCCUUUGAACUAUCCUGUAGUCAUGAACCACAGGGUCUGUAUCCAGUUGGUGACUGGCUCCUGGACCUUUGGAAUCCCAGUUCAGGUAGGGCAGACAUAUCAGAUUUUCUCUCUGCCUUUUUGUGGAUCUAAACAAAUUAACCACUAUUUUUGUGAUAUCCCCCCAGUACUCAAGCUGGCUUGUGGGGACACCUUUGUAAAUGAGAUGUUGGUCUACACAGUUGCUGUGUUAUUUGUCAUGGCUCCAUUUCUGUUGAUACUGGGCUCCUACAGUAAAAUCAUCUCCAUCAUCCUGAAGUUGCCAUCAGCCACAAGUCAAGCCAAAGCCUUCUCUACCUGCUCCUCUCAUCUAAUGGUUGUGAUAUUAUUCUUUGGAUCAGCCAUUAUUGCCUACUUAAGACCUAACACUAGGCACUCAGAGGGAACUGACAAAAUGCUUUCUCUUUUCUACACUAUCCUAACUCCUAUGUUUAAUCCCAUGAUAUAUAGUCUAAGGAACAAGGAUAUCAUAAUGGCACUGAGAAAAUUGCUUUGUAAAUAA